AUGUUCCGAUUAAAGCCUACCACCAUCACGAUUACUGCGUCUGAAAUGACCGACACCGAACGCCGAAGCCGUUACAGAAAGCACCUCGCGACCAGGAGAUACAGGACCGCCACUGCAUUGAGAAACGAGGAAACCAGCCUCGAACAUGCUUUGAACACAGGUACACAGACACCAAAUACCGACUCAACUAGCAGACAACGAAUCCGUAGCUCGUCGAGCCAAGAUGCAUUGCCGAGAGAAGAGGAACUGACUUCUCCAGCAUCGUUGGCUGGAAACAAUAUCGACGGAGAGGCAGACGCUGUUCAUUUACCUGUUCACUUACGGCUCGCCAACAUAAUCAACCAUGCUGUUCAGCAAGGUGACGACGAUGGCAGGACCGUUCAGCAACUUCUUGCGACAGUUCUCGGGGUACCAACGCGCAGUUCGGAGCGAGGAUCGACUCACGAACGACAUCAGGACUCCUCUUUAGAAACUACCGAUCGCCAGGUGGAUGUCGAGGCGAUAGCCUCAAUGAUUGCAGAAGAGCUCAACGUUACACCCCCACGAAGGAAUUUGUCCGUAUACAGUGAUGCUCUACCAGUGAAUAGACAGCCACAAACACCAAGGCAAUUGCCAGAGGCCCGUCAUCAAAGCCGAUUUAACGGAGCUUAUACGGCGCCAGUUCGAGGAAGACGCAUGGUGGCCGAUAUAGGCGAUGCGCCAGUUACUGUAAGACGAAGACGUGCUGGACGCGAUACUGGCUUGGUAGGGUUGAGCCCAGAGCUGCACGGAAUAUACGAAGACAGCCAAAACACUGACGCUAUUUGA